AUGAGAUUUAGCGGUCUCGGUGUCGGAAACAUCAUACGACUUUUGGCUCCUGACAUUGGAAUAUUCCUUACCGGCCUCAUAGUCACAUGGCUUUGUAAAAGGAUGGUGAGGCUCCACAAUCAGAAAGCCCAGCUUCAUUCUGGAAUCCAAAAUCUGUCUGUCUGUGAUGAUGAAAAGGAGGAGGAAGAGGAAACGGAAUCUGAAGCAGAAACCGAAGAUACAGAUGAUGAAGGGACGGACAAUUUACUGGAGAAGGAGCAUCGGGGAAGAGAUCCUGAUGCUGGCCAAUCAGGAUUAUUCCAGAAAAUCACACUUUUCCUAGUAGGCUUGAAGAUCCUCUUUGGAGGGGUGCGAGAUACUGCUAGCAAGGUGGUGGUCACGGUUCUAUUAGGCUUAGCAGUUUAUUUCUUCCUCUUCAUGGGCUUGUGCUCCUGGUGGUCUUGCCAUCGUCCAAUCAGCCCCAUCGUCUUCAAUAGCUUGUGCGUGAUGGUCGCAAUAUUCAACGCGGGUCAUUUAACUGUCCUGUAUCUGUACCAGCUGCCAACCAUUCAGGGCCUCGUUCCUGCUGCAGAUCUCUAUGCCAGGCUGCUGGGCGUUGUCCCGCUUAUUAAGGCUGACAUCACUGUACCCUGGAAGCUUCAAGUUCACCCUCAACUAAGCUGGCCGGCGGCUUUGAAUCCUCUAGUGCUUCUCGUACUGUACUAUACACUGGUCAUGAUGCUCCAGCAGUGGGCGCUGCCUGCAAAGGGAAGUAAGGGAGAGGCUACACGGCUGCAGUCUGAAGAGUACAUUGAGGUGAAGGCGGAUGCUGAGUUCUGGGUGACCACGCACAAAAGCAUCAAGGCGCCUUACAUUCCAAGUGGAAGCUCUCAAGACAUCCCCCUCUUGCAGUGUCGGAGCAGGAGCAGCAGUUGUAAUCUGUACGCCUACACCAAUACUGGGCACUGCAGUUCCAUGUCAGAGGUUUCAGGAGCCCCUGACAAUAUGACAGAAAUUGAUGAUGAACUUUGCAUUGAAGACAACCAGCUCAGCACUUGGUCAGCACUGGCACAUUUCCUGAUGAGUCAGAGCUACAUUACUGCUUUGAUUGCCAUGAUGGUUUGGAGCAUCACUCAUACCAGCUGGCUGGCUUUUGUCCUGCUGAUUUGGUCCUGUAUCAUCUGGAUGGUGCGCAGCCGUAGCCUCUGCACCCUGCGGAGCUCCCCCUUCCUGGUCGCCUAUGGAAACAUCCUGGUGACCCUCAAUUUCUUUGUGGGACUGAAUGUUUCACAAAAGGAGCUCUUUCCUGGAGUUCCAACUUCACUGCUUAUUGAUCUGGAUUUAAAACCUUAUUCGUUGCCCUGCAUCCACCUGGCAGCCAAGAUUUCGUACCUGUUUACCUUUUGGCUCUUGCUGAAGCAGCAUAUGGUGCAAAGGCAAAAGCAGAAGAAAGAGGAAGAGGAGUCACUUCAGGCUGUGACAACAGAUGAAGCUGAAACGGACAAACGGCGCAACCCGCUUUUGGAUUUCUUUGGUUCUGUGCUAAUGGAGCUGCUUGUAAAAUAUUGGAUUUACUUCUGCUCCGUUAUGUUUUUUAUCGUCAGCUUCAAUGGCAAAGUUGCUCUGUACAAAAUUCUCUACAUUGUACUUUUUCUGCUUUGGGUGGCUUUAUAUCAGGUUCAUUAUGAGAAUUGGCGGCGAAUCCUGAAGGGUUUUUGGCUGACCGUCGUCUCAUACUCCAUGCUGGUCCUCAUUGCUAUUUAUGCGUACCAGUUUGAAAUGGUUUCUGAGUUUUUCUUAAAGACCUUGAAAAUACCAGAGGAGAGGUUAAAAGAUCUGGGUCUUGAACAAUUCAGCACUAUAGAGCUGUUUGCAAGGAUUCUGCUUCCUGCUGCAUUUCUUCUGGCUUGCAUCCUUCAGUUGCAUUAUUUUCAUAAAGAUUUCCUGAAGAUCACGGACCUGACUGAUAUUGUCAUCAAGCCUAAGCUUGCGGCUGAAAAGCUACAGGAUGAUCUUAAAAGUGGAUCAGGCUCCUCUGAGUAUAUAGCCGUGGAUGAAACCGUACGAAAGAGUCAGAAUGAGAAAUUAGUGGCCAAGGUAAAUGAGUGCGGCAGGCAGGGGUUGCAUCCAAAUAUCACUUACCAGUAUGGCAAUAUGGAUGAAUUGUUAAAUAAAUCCUUGUUGUACAUUGCACCAGUGGACCCAGCAUACUGGAUCGGAGGGUUGAUGAAGUGCCAUGACAAUGUUCUCCCUUGCCUAAAGGCUCACCUCACCAUCCUGGUCCUCAUGGCACUUGAAGCAACGGUGCACCGCCACCAGCUUUUCUACCGCACCAAGAACCAGCUGAUCCCGCCUGCCACGGGGAGCAUCAUGUUCGAUGGCAUCACCCGGAAGAACCUGGAUGAUGGGCUGCUCAGCUGUAUCAAAUACUUUAUCAAUUAUGGUUUCUACAAAUUCGGGCUAGAGAUAUGCUUUGUGGCUGCCGUUAAUGUGAUUGGGAAGCGCAUGGACCUCUACUCCCUGAUCCACGCAGGCUGGCUUAUUUACCUGUUGAACCGCCGUCGGAGGAAAGCAAUGGCUGAAGUCUGGCCCAGAUAUUGCUGCUUCCUUGCCAGCAUCUUGGCCUUUCAGUAUCUGCUUUGCAUUGGCCUCCCACCUGCUUUAUGCCAAGAUUAUCCGUGGAGAACUUCUCGUUGGCUGCUGCGUUCCAAUCUGAUUAAAUGGCUGUACCUGCCUGACUUUGCCAAGAAACCUGACGCUACUUUACUUCUGAAUGACUUCCUGCUUCUUCUCUUUGCCUCCUUCCAAUGUCGGGUGUUUGAGGAUGAGAACAAGCUCAUUGUGAGGAUCCUAGCUGGGGAUAAUUUAGAGAUCAGCAGAGUCCUAGACCCGGUGGGGCUCAGUGAGUACAGCCCGGUACCAAACUUUGUACGCUGCAGGUCCUACUUGGAUUUACUGAAAGUGGUUGUGUUCAAAUACCUCUUCUGGUUUGUCCUGUGCCUGAUUUUUAUGACGGGGACCACACGGGUCAACAUCUUCUGCGUGGGCUACCUUGCGUCGUGUUUCUACUUCAUGCUCUUUGGAAGAAACCUUCUGCUGAAGCCAGUCAAACAUAUACUCCGACUGUGGGAUUAUCUGAUCGCCUAUACGGCUUUGGUUAUAGCAACAAAGAACCUCUUUGCUAUUGGAUCAUGUGCCUACCUUAGCAAAUUACAAAGAAACAAUUGUUGGUUGAUCCAUACCUUUGGCAUGUUCUGCACCAUACCAGGCUAUGAUAUAGAUCCACCUGAGGAUGAGACAUGUGACCUUCCCGAGAAAGAAGCUGGUAUCCUCUGGGAUGCAAUAUGCCUUACUUUUCUACUGAUCCAGCGUAGAGUUUUUAUGAGCUACUACUACCUCUAUGUUGUUGUUGAUCUCAAGGCUGCCAAGGCUUUGGCCUCCAGGACGGAACUGAUGAAAGCAACUCAGAAAAAGCAUAACAGAUUGAAGAAAACAGUGCCCAGCUCAGAAGUGGAAGCUGUACAGAAGUCUGAAAAAGAGCAGGGUCCAGAGGAUUCUAGCAAGAAAGAGAAUGAUGAGAAGAAGACCUGGUGGCAGCCAUGGCUGACUCACACGUCAAUGAUUCGUGGCGGGAGCUACUACCUCUUUGAGUCAGAUAGUGAGGAAGAAGAGGAACAAGGAAGCACUGAACAGGGCGAGGAGGAAUCUCCUAAGAGGAAAACAGCAUUCCAGCUUGCAUAUGAAGCCUGGAUGACGAGUUCAAAAUCAGCUCUAAGGAUGAGGGAGCAAGAUGAAAUCAGGGACCGACAGAAGGAAGAGGAGGAGGAGAAGCAGCAACAUCCAACAGCAGGUGGCAGAAAUGCCAACGAAAAAGUGGGAUCCAGUGAAGAAAAUCUGGAGGUGCCAGCUACGGAAGAGGAUGAGUCAGAAAAUAUCACGCAAAGAGGAAUCAACAUUAUUAAGUUCAUUUGGAUCUUUAGCCAAGUGUUGCUGGAUGACAUCAUGGAAGCGCUGAAUGCCUUGUGCAAAGACACCCUGGACAUAGCAAGUGUGAUGAGAAUUGAAAAGUGCAUGCUGUGGCGACAGAUGAGCUGGGGAAAGAAGGCCUCAGCAGAUGGUGUUCUUUGGUAUUACAACCCUGAGAAAAGUCAGCCAGAUUAUGAAGAAAGUAAAACUCAAACAUUAUCAGAGGAUGAGAGCCAAGUCAAGCUACCUGAAAGUGUACCUGGGGAGGAGAGACAGACAUCACCAGCGUACCUGGAGACUUUUUAUGACAGUGAACUGGAGCAAUCCGACAAGUUCUACCAGGGACUCCCUCGCCCCCUGAAGCUGGGAGCUGCCUUGUACAACGCCAUGGUGUCCAAAUCAGAAGUGCUGUGUUACUCUGUGAUCAUCCUGAACCACAUGGUCUCUGCUUCUGUCCUCACUUUGAUCCUGCCCGUCCUGAUAUUCUUGUGGGCCAUGGUGUCCAUUCCGAGGCCUACAAAAUUCUUCUGGAUGACAGCCAUUGUUUACACGGAGGUAAAUAUUCUCAUCAAAUACUUCUUCCAGUUUGGGUUCUUUCCUUGGGCCACUAAGGUGUAUUGCGCUAUCAAUGCAGAAGUGCCGUUUGUUUUGCCAAAUAUUGCUGGGAUUGAGAAGAAGGAUGGCUACGUGCUCUUUGAUCUGGUGCAGCUACUGGCUUUGUUCUUCCACAGUGUUCUCAGGGUUUACCGGCCGAUCAGACAAUUCUUCCAUGACAUAAUCUACCCAGAGUACAGUGCAGUCUGUGAUGUUUAUGCUCUCAUGUUCCUAGCUGAUGUGAUCAAUUUUAUUAUUGUCAUCUUUGGCUACUGGGCUUUUGGUAGGCACUCGGCUGCCGCUGACAUCACAGAAUCCCUCUCCGAAGACCAAGUUCCCGAAGCUUUCCUUGUGAUGCUUCUGAUGCAGUUUGCUGCAAUGAUUGUCGAUCGGGCAAUCUACCUGAGGAAGAACAUGUUUGGGAAGUGCGUUUUCCAGGUGGUCCUCGUCUUCGGCAUACACUUCUGGAUGUUCUUCAUCUUGCCUGGAGUUACGGGAAGGAGGUUUAACAGGAACCCAGUAGCCCAGCUGUGGUAUUUGGUCAAAUGUGUCUAUUUUGGCCUGUCAGCAUUUCAGAUCAAAUGUGGUUACCCUAAACGGGUUUUGGGCAACUUUCUGACCAAGAGGUACAACUGCAUAAACCUCUUUCUGUUCCAGGGAUUCCGCCUGAUACCUUUCCUGACAGAGCUGAGGGCUGCCAUGGAUUGGGUUUGGACAGACACAACUCUCAGCCUGUCCAGCUGGAUCUGCGUGGAAGAUAUCUAUGCUAAUAUUUUCAUCAUGAAAUGUUGGAGAGAAUCUGAGAAAAAAUAUCCCCAGCCUCCUGGCCAGAAGAAAAAACUGAUUGUGAAGUAUGGAAUGGGGGGUGUCAUUAUCUUUGUGCUGAUCUGUAUUAUAUGGUUCCCGCUGCUACUUAUGUCAUUGUUGAAAUCAGUGGCUGGAGUGACCAACCAGCCUCUGGAUGUGUCCAUUCAAAUCACCAUCAGCGGCUAUGAGUCCUUAUUUACCAUGAGUGCUCAGCAGCAAAAUCUGGUCCCUUUUACUCCUUCAGCGUACAAUGACCUCACCAUUCAAUAUGCCCUGCAUCCUUCCGCCAUGCAAUUUAUAGUGAACUACAGCCCAGAGGAUAUUGUGGUUGCUAAAAUCAAAGGCAACGCCAGUCUGCUGUGGAGCAUCAGUCCCGCCAGUCGGAAAGCGAUGAUUGAUGAACUCUCCACUUCUCCCGCUAUCUACAUCAACUUUCACUGGACGCUUCUCAGGAAUGUCUCUCUGGUGAAGAACAUCGAAGCAUCUGGCAUACACACCGUGCGCUACGAAGAGACGAGAAUACGGAAGGAAAUAGUCCACAUGCUCUGUGGGAACAGGACCGAACCAGUUCUACUUCCAGGUGUCUUUCCAAAAUACCUGAGGGCUACCAGUGGAACAGAUGCUAAAAUUGCACAUCGGCUGCAACCAAAGGACCUUGACAAGUUGGCCUUCUACAGAGACAUCCUCAUAAAACUUCAGCGGCUGCCUACCAGCGGCUCCUCAAGCCACGUUUCCGAGUGGUGGAUCGUUCAGGAGCAGAGGCUCGGCUGUUCGGGUAACGAUUGCAGCAAAAAUAUGGAGCUCUACAUCUUCAACGAUAAGGUCAGCCCUUCCAGCCUGGGAUUCCUGGCAGCACACGGCAUUGUGGGUCUCUACAUGUCUGUCGUUCUAGUCAUCGGGAAGUUCAUCCGAGAGUUCUUCAAUGGGAUCUCACGCUCCAUAAUGUUCGAAGAGCUGCCCUGUGUGGAUCGUAUCCUGAAACUCUGCACCGAUAUCUUCCUGGUACGGGAGGCGGGGGAGCUGGAGCUGGAAGAGCAGCUCUUUGCGAAGCUGAUUUUCCUGUAUCGGUCUCCUGAGACCAUGAUCAAGUGGACCAGAGAACGCAAGCAACAGUGA